CAGAGCGGGUGCCAAAACAAGACGCAGGGAAUAUGGGGAAAGGAACCCUGGACGAUGAAGUGGCAACCGAGGACCCAGCCCCUAGCCUUGGGUGCCGAAUGCAGCCCCACGAUCGGCCUGGCUAUGUCAGAUCCUGGUUUAACAUGGUCUUUAAGGAGCUAAGAUCCCUUUUACACUCUGGACCAAGACUCAGAAGAAAGGUGGUCUCUCAGUAUGAAAGCAUUGUUAACAAAUCAUUAAAGGAACAUUUUUUCCCAGCUAUAAUGGAAAAGCUUAUUUUCUUUAACUUUUGGAAAGCUCCAUUUCUAGUGGAUUUGAAGAGACCAGAAUCUUGGAUUCCACACACUGUUAACUUCUAUAUUAAACCUGAAAAUGGAAUAACUUUGGGUGUUUGGCAUAUAGUUCCUGAAAGCAGGGGGAAAGAAGCUAAAGGGAAGGACCGGAGCUGGUAUGAGAAAGCUCUUCAAGAUGGCAACCCAAUUAUAGUUUAUCUCCAUGGUAGUGCAGAAAACAGGGCAUCUCAUCACAGGAUUAAGCUUUUGAAGGUGCUGAGUGAAGGUGGAUUCCAUGUUCUGUCUGUCGAUUACAGAGGAUUUGGGGAUUCUACAGGUAAGCCCACAGAAGAGGGCCUGACCAGGGAUGCCAUUUGUCUCUAUGACUGGACCAAAGCACGAAGUGGAACUACACCUGUUUGUCUCUGGGGUCAUUCUCUAGGAACAGGAGUGGCAACAAAUGCUGCAAGAACACUGGAAGAAAGAGGAUUCCCAGUGGAUGCAAUUGUCCUAGAAGCUCCAUUUACAAACAUUCGUGAUGCAUCUGCUAAUUAUCCCAUAUUAAAGAUUUACCGUAACCUUCCAGGAUUUGUACGUUUGUUUCUGGAUGCACUGACAGUAGACAAAAUUGUCUUCCCUAAUGAUGAGAAUGUUAAGUUCUUAUCCUCACCUCUUCUGAUCUUACAUGCAAAGGAUGACAAGACUGUGCCAUUAGAAAUAGGCCAAAAGGUAUAUGAAAUUGCCCAUAAUGCAUACAAAAACAAAGAAAGAGUUAAGAUGGUUAUCUUUCCUCCUGGUUUCCAACAUAAUUUUAUAUGCAAAAAUCCCAGGUUGGCAAUGAUUGUGAGAGAUUUCCUGAGAAAGCAAUGGGCAUGAAUAAGCAAAGUAAAUUCUGCCAUGAAGAGGAUAGCCAAGAUUUGCAAAUUCCCCACAUUAAAAGUCCACAGCUUAUGUAGAUGAGCUGGAGUAAGUGACUCAUAUGCCUGUACACUAGUUCACAAAUAUUCAACCCAACAAACAACAAAAAAUAUUGCUACAGUUUCUACAGUAUCAUAAAUUGUUUCAAGAGCUAUCGUAUGAAAUUUAUUUAAACCUCCAAGUAAUACUCUUCUUUAUAGAGUGGAAUUGUCUUGGAUCAUUUUGAUUAAAGUAGACAAGUCUUUCACAGUUGAUCAUCAUUACAGUAUUGAUGCUACUCUGUACCAUGAUCUCCUGAUUCUCCUCACUUCACUUUGCAUGAGUUCAUAAAGGUCUUGCCAUUAUUUUAGAA